GUCCAGGACGAGGUUUGAGGUGAACCACACCCUGAAGUACGCGUGCGAGGAAGGCUUCUCGACUGUUGGCUUUGACGUGGCGAAGUGCUUCUUGUACAACAACACGAUGCAGUGGUUCGGCCCGGAGAUUGUGUGUCAGCCCAAGGAGUGCGGCGACCCCGGCGAGAUCCUGAACGGCUUCAAGGAGGGGACCUGCUAACCACUACGACUGCCGCGUCACCUACCACUGCCGCCCGGGCUUCGAGAUGGAGGGCCGCAACGUGUACCGAUGCCACCAGGAUGGGACCUGGAGCCCGCGGGAGCUUCCUAACUGCAAACCCAUCAAGUGCGAGGUCCCGGUGAAUCCUCCUCACGGCAAGGCAAGUUUUAGCUCGUUUUUCUACAACGCCGUGGUCACCUACACCUGCGACUACGGGUAUAUGAUCGUGGGGCCAGAGACGCGGCGCUGCGGACCCAACAGGCAGUGGAGCGGCAGCACUCCCAAAUGUAAAGAGAUCGAUUGCGGGCCUCCUGGAGUGCUGCAUAACGGGAGGCUGGAGGGAACAUUCUCUUCCUAUAAUUACGGAACGGAAAUCAGAUUUUACUGCAACGAGAAUUUGAAAUACGAAGGUUACCACGACCGCCGCACCGUCUGCCAGAAGAACGGCACCUGGUCCAACCCGCUGCCCAAGUGUCUGGCGCCGUGCGUGGUGCCCACCAUCGAGAACGGUCGUCUCACCAACGAGUCUCAGGCGGGCACGAUGGUGCCUCACGGGAGCAUCAUUCGAGUGGUGUGCAACAAGACCUACGAACCCUCCGUCACCAGCGUGCCCUCCGCCUGCUACAACGGUACCUGGACACACUACCCGCACUGCGAACCAGCGAGGUGCAAGAAGCUUCCUCGGCGGCCCCGCAAUGGCAUGGUGAUCGCGCCGCGCACCGCCCAUGGCAUGUUCGCUCGCUUCCGCUGCAAGGACGGCUACCAGCUCAUGGGACCCGCCACCACCAAGUGUCACUUUGGAAACUGGACGGGUCGCAUCCCCUGGUGCAAAAUAGUAUACUGCUCGUUCCCUGGUUACCUGCCUGACGGACGCGUUCUCCUGGUGGGCAACAUGGGCAUGUACAUCUACCGCCCCUACGUCAAGAAGGUGCGCAACGAUCGGCGCAUCAGGUAUGAGUGCAACAAGGGCCAUUUCUUGUCGUCCGGGCCGCCUGGAGCCACCUGUAUCGGCGGAAAGUGGCGGCCCAGUACCCUGCCCAGGUGUUCCCCGAAACUCCACCCACGAGUGAGAUGGACGAGAUCCGUCAAUGCGUCAGACUUCCACGAACGCUUCAACAUGAGUAGCGAGAGUGAGAUGGAGCAGGAAACAGAGGAGGAAGUGCAGGUCUUGGGAACAGCUCUUAAAAUGACCGAGGAUGAGGAAGAGGGUGGGAGCGGAGACAAGACGAACACAGUUGCCAGCUUCUCGUUUUCCGUGGAGCCGAGUGCCUUGACACAGCCGGCUCAUUACGGCGACGCUCUUCUGAGAUCUUCUAACGACCCAACAAUUUCCUCCACAAAGACUCCGCUGUCCUCUCCAGCGAGUAGUCACUUGUCGGAAUUAUACUUUCGCGCCAAAGAAUAUUCAGAGAGUAAGAGGCACUUCGAGACGUGGGCUAAAUUCAUCCAAGAGGAGCACGACGGUGUGGAAGUGAGCAAAAUACUCAUAAGGGAGGAGGAAGUGGGAGGAGGCAGGAAAGCGGCGCGCCAGUCGUCCAGGAUAUCAAGAAGUCCCAAGAGGCAGAAUGAAGGUGAUGAAAAGAGAAAAGGCAAGAACAAGAAUAAGAAAAGAAGGAAAGGGAAGAGAGCGCCGCACUGCGAGGAGCUUGGCGACGAGCCCUACCUUCGCUUCGAGGUGCUGCGGGCAGGGAGGGACAAAAACUACACCUUCUCAGCGGGGGCGCGCGUCAAGGUCACGUGUCUCUACGGCCACGGCCUUAACUUGGGCAACAAAACGGCCAAGUGUUCCCGCGGGAGGUGGAGACCCAUGAAGCCUGAGUGUUUAUCCUUGCCGUGCUCGGUGCCACAAACGACCCAUGGCCGCUACACCUUCAACGGAGUGCAGGUGCCGGAGCGAGCUACCAUCGGGCACGCGGAGGUGGUGGAGUUCUCCUGCAGCCACGGUUACAACGUCCUGGGCAACCCGACCCUGCGCUGCUGGUACGGCGAGUGGACGGUGACUGGGACCAGACCAGAGUGCCAGCCCGAGCCAUGCCUGCUGCCCGAGAUGCCUCACGUCAACUACACUGCCCUGCUGUCCCCCGGAAGCCAGGUGGCGCACGGGGAACAGGUGAAUUACACGUGCGAGGAGGGCUGGCUGGUGGGUAUCCCGCGGGUCACCUGUCAUUUAGGUCAGCUUCGGCCCGUCUCACCCACCUGUGUGACCCCCGCCGAGGCGACCCAUCCGCAGGACGCUCUUCUGGAUCCACUGGUCCGCACCGCCACCUUGAUGCUGUCAUACGGUGCCGGUGACCUGACCCCAGGAGGAGAUAUCACCAACAUUGACUUAGAGGCGGGCCCUCAUCCCCCUUGCUCUCCGCCGGCCAGAGUGCAGGGUACCCUUAUCUACAAGAACGGCCAGCCCCUCCACCAGACAGAGCAGAGGUUCCCCCAUGGGACGGAAGUGACCUUCAACUGCAUUGCCAACACUAUAGGGGAGAAAACCACAUGGAGAAUUCAUUGUGAAGAUGGGUCAUGGAUCGGACAGCGCUCCCCGUCACCCUGCGCCGUGGUGGAGGGAGAGGAGGAAGCCACGAUAUUCUUUGAAGAGGAAGAGCUGGAAGAUGACCUAGUUUUAGGAAAUAUAUCCUGUACCUGGAGGAACAUCCAACCCUACUUGGUGACCUUUCUGGAAGACCGGGAGCUGCGGGAGGAGGAGGUGGAGCUGCCUCCGGGCACGGAGCUGGUGUCCCGGUGUGCGGACAUCGGCAAGUUUGCUUUUUCAGGAUCGUCUCACCGUCGCUGCAUUAACGGCCAGUGGAGUGGCGUGGAGCCGGAGUGUCUCGGCCUCAACAGGGAAUAUGAUUACGCGUUGGACAAGCCGCCGACCAUCCUGUUCCGCCACAAGAACGGCCCCAUCGCCCAGACCAAUGAUGGACGCCUGCUGGUCUAUCCCGGCACUGAACUGUAUUUAGAGUGCCUUUGGAUGCGCCGUUAUGGCACCCCGCGCUGGAAUGUCACUCAUACUCACCCAAACUACAAGUACAGGAAAUUUAAUAUGAGGUGUCGCAAGUUAACGAAAUGCUGGAAGUACUGGACGGGCUGGACAACUGACGCCAUGAGGAACCCGCAGCUGGAGUUCCGUCUGGCCAUCUACACCGCCCACGAGGGAGACUCUGGCACCUUCACCUGCGUCACGCCUACCGGCCACGCCCACAGCGUCACCCUCGACAUCAGACGUGUGGAGUGCCCGACCCUCAACGCCACCGACACAGACCUGCUGAGGCACUACCCGCCUGGGGUGACGGCGCUUGGCAGUGUUAUCACAUUCACGUGCGAGCAGGGCGCCACGCUGGUGGGCAACACGCAAGCCACCUGCCUCCCUUCCGGCGCCUGGUCCGUCCCUCUCCCCCGAUGCGAGAAGACGAGGUGCCCGUCGCCCGGCGUGCCCGAGCAUGGCAUGGUGAACAGCUCAGGGCCUUACAAUGCCGGGGACGUGAUGGAAGUCAAGUGCAAGAGUGGGUAUAUGAUUGUCGGAGAGUCCGUGCUGGUGUGCCAGGACGACGGCAGCUGGUCCAAGCCGCUCCCCCAGUGCUAUGAGGUGUGCAUAUACCCCGGCAUCAUCAUCUCGGGAACCAUGAGCUCCAUCAAGUUCUACUACGGCAUAAACGAUAACAUCACUUACACGUGCAGCGACGGCUUCCUUCUGCACGGCGAGCACACUAUCACCUGUCAGGAGGGUGGCAAGUGGUCGGCUCCCGUGCCCACCUGUCUACCCACACCUUGAAGUACUACCAUGUUUGUCUACUCCACACAUCUUGACGCCCUGUACUCUCCUUUCGGCCAAACCUGGAAACCCCGUGCCCUCCUGCCCGGCCUGAAAACGACUCAACUCUAUAGGAAUAUAUAUUUACGACUAUAAACGAUGCAAUGAUUCAUCUUUAUUGUCUGAAAAUUGAUCGACUUACUACACCAUGUACCCGUGUUUCUUCAUGUCCCUCUCAGCUAUACAUGCCCACUCGUGCUAAAGCUGUUUAUCCAUUACAAGUUCGAUCCCUCUAGGGGUGGACAAUAAUGUACGCAUAUUUCCGAGUUUCCCUAGAUGUAUGUACUAAUAAUAAUAGCUGCGGUUGUACAUAGUUACUCUGCAUUUCUGUAUAAACAAAAAAAAAAAUGUGAAUGGGUUUUAUCUUCUCUGUGUCAAGACCAAGAUGACGCGUGCGUGUUUUAUAGGAGGAACACGUACCCCUUCAUCAUUGAGCUCUGAUUCCCUUCUCUCUCUGCUGUCUAAUGAUUCCUUAAGGUCGGCGUAAGUUGGUGUUAUGUUUUAUUCGUGGCAAGGGUGAGGGAGUCACGCUGAGGCUGCUGGUGGUGGUGGUGGUGGAGGAGGAGGAGGAGGAAGCGGAGAUCCAGCUCGAAGCAUAACAAUGUUCUGUCUUUACUGUUCAGCCCGCUGGUGAAUUUAUCCUUCGUCAAAUAGAAAAAAAAAAAAAAAAAAAACAGGCAUUUCUUUGUUAUUAAUUAAACGGAUGCUUGUAUUUGGGCUAGAUGAGUGAUCUCUUGUUUUGAAGGGACAAGUUUCCUAGCGGGUGGACGUUGGACGAUCACAUCCACCCGAACAUGGUCAUUGUGAAGGGUCUGUGUACACUGCGGCUUUCGUGGCUACCUCAGUGUCCAAUAAAGGUCUCUGACUUA